AGAAUAGAAAAAGCAUUGUCCAAAGUCCGGAGAAAGGAGGAAAAGAAAGAGUGAGAGAGAGAGAGAUUUUCUUCGUAGAAUCGGGAAAGUCUUGGAAGGGUAGCUGAGGAGGAACGGUAGAGCUGAAUUCCGACGAUCUUCGCAGCGGUUUCUCUCAAUGGACUACUCCUACAGCUUUCACGACGGCAACAUCACCGACUUGAUAAACAGUCGCACUCUUCACAACCAUCAUGAUUUCAACUACAUUGUGCAAAUGCACUCCUCACUUGUGCGAAGGCUCUCCCUAGAAAGAGAAUUAGAGGGGCACCAUGGAUGUGUAAAUGCUAUAGCUUGGAAUUCAGAAGGCUCAAUGUUGAUAUCAGGAUCUGAUGAUACACGACUUAAUAUUUGGUCGUAUUCAAGCCGAAAACUUUUGCACUCCAUUGAGACUGGCCACUCUGCUAACAUUUUCUGUACAAAAUUCAUUCCUGAAACUUCAGAUGAAUUGGUUGUUUCUGGGGCAGGGGAUGCUGAGGUCCGCCUCUUUAAUUUAUCCCGUUUAAGGAGGAGUGGACUGGAGGAGGGUGGUAUCAGCCCCUCGGCAAUUUUUCAGUGUCAUACGAGGAGGGUUAAAAAAUUAGCUGUGGAAGUAGGAAACCCUCAUGUGGUGUGGAGUGCGAGUGAAGAUGGAACAUUGAGGCAGCAUGAUUUUCGUGAAGGUGCUUCUUGUCCUCCUGCUGGUUCCUCUCAUCAAGAAUGUCGUAACAUCCUCCUUGAUUUGCGUUGUGGAGCUAAAAAAUCAUUAGCGGACCCUCCUAAGCAGUGCCUUGCUCUGAAAUCUUGUGAUAUUAGUUCUACUAGGCCUCAUUUACUCCUUGUUGGUGGCAGUGAUACAUUUGCACGUUUGUAUGAUAGACGAAUGCUGCCUCCAUUGUCAUCUAGUCAGAAGAAGUUGCCACCACCUCCUUGUGUGAACUAUUUUUGUCCAAUGCAUCUCUCUGACCUUGGUCGGUCUAGCUUGCAUUUAACUCACGUCACUUUCAGUCCUAAUGGAGAGGAGGUUCUUCUUAGUUAUAGUGGAGAGCAUGUGUAUCUGAUGGAUGUCAAUCUUGCUUCAGGGAGUACAAUGAGGUAUACCCCUGGGGAUGUGUCAAAGCUUACCAGCUUGAGUCCCAUACUUGACAGUGCCGUCAUGCAUUCACCUGUUUCUGGAGCGACUUUAAAUGGGUUUCCUGUGAGAAAGAAAGCUGCUGCAGGGCUUGAUAAGUGCAGGAAGUUAAUCCAGAUUGCUGAAAAAUCGUUAAAAGGAGAAACAGAUUAUUAUUAUGGAAUUGAGGCUUGUAAUGAAGUUUUGGAUGGUCGCAGCCAUGAAAUUGGACCAACUCUCAUGCACGAGUGUUUGUGUAUACGUGCAUCCUUGUUGCUUAAGCGGAUGUGGAAAAGUGAUGCACACAUGGCUAUCAGGGACUGUCAGAGAGCUAGGAAAAUCAAUCCUUCUUCAACCAGGGCACUCAUUUGCAUGGCUGAAGCACUUUCCAUGUUGGAAAAACAUAAGGAAGCCUUAGACUUUGCUAUUGCAGCACAAUCUCUGGCUCCCUCUGAUCCUGAAAUUACGGAGAGGGUGGAGAAUAUUAAGAAGAAUCUUGCUGCAGCUGAAUCUGACAAAGCUAACAUGGAAGGUGAUAGAGGAUCAAAGGCAAACUAUCGAGCAGGACGAGUACUUUCUCUGAGUGACAUAAUCUAUCAUUCAGAAGGAGAAAAUGAUACUUCCAUAGAUGGGCCUGAAAGAGAGGACUCUGACUACGAUGAAGAGCUGGAACUGGAUUUUGGAACAUCAAUAUCUACUGAUGAUUCUGAUCCCAAUGUUGUCCACAGAAAUAUAAAUUUGAGAAUACACAGGCGAGGUGAUUCGAGCAUGGAAACUGGAAGACCCAAUGGCUCUUGUGGGUUACCUGUAUUAUCAUCCGAAAAUGAUAAAGUGCCCUAUCAGCCUGAGGUGGCAAUAGAUAUGAAGCAGAUAUAUGUUGGUCACUGUAAUAUAGGCACUGAUAUAAAGCAAGCUAGCUUUAUUGGCCAAAGAGGUGAAUAUGUUGCCAGUGGAAGUGAUGACGGUAGAUGGUUUAUCUGGGAGAAAAGAACUGCCCGGUUAUUAAAGAUGCUACAUGGAGAUGAGGCUGUGGUCAACUGUGUACAGUGCCAUCCAUAUGAUUGUGUCAUUGCGACUAGUGGAAUCGAUAGCACCAUAAAGAUCUGGACUCCAAAUUCAUCAGUCCCAUCCACUGUGGCUGGCGGAGCUGCAGGCCCAGAGACUUCAAAUGUUUUAGAUGCUAUGGAAGGAAACCAGCGCAGAUUAUGUCGCACACGUGAAGCAAUUUUGCCCUUCGAAAUUCUGGAGCGUUUCCGGAUGCAUGAGUUUGCUGAGGGAAGUUUUCAUCCAUUUGAGUGCGCGCAAACUUAAUAUUGUUCUCCUUGCAGCACUUCGCCAUAGAUGAUUGGAGGGCCUACCGACAGACUUGCUCCAAGUUUGUGAAUCUAAUUAGUCUGUGUUGUAGAGGUUUAGUGUUUUGAAAAUAAGUAUGGAGCAAAGAUUUACAACGCUGAUAGCGGUGGCUACAGGAAGGAGUUUCUUUUAGGCUUUGUAUAGCCACUGCUCAUUAAGUGUUUUCUUUAAUGGAA